AUGUUCUUCUCCUCCUCCUCCAUCUUCUUCUUCUUUAUCAAUAAAGGAAUUCGAACGCUGUGCAAAGAAUCCUAUCUAUAUUUUCUUAUUAUUUGUCUUCCUGUCGCCCUCGUUUACUUUUUCCCCCUCUUCUUUCCUCCUUCUUUUCCCCAAUUUCCUCCUUUAUCUGUUUCAAUUCCUUUCGAUUUCUCUUCUCUAUUUUCUUCCUCUUCCCUAUCCUCAUCCUUUAUUUAUUCCUCCGUAUUUCCUUACUUUCUUCUUUCUCCUCCCAAUUUUUAUCGUUAUUCUCCCUAUCUUCCUCUUCCGCUUUCUUCUCUUUUUUUUCUCUCACCCCCUUUACUUAAUGUCUCUCGCCACUUUGAUCAUACUCCUAUUUAUUUUUGUGUUUCUUUCCUUUUCUUCAUUUUCUCGUCCCCUUCUUUACUCACAACACUUGUCCUUUUCUCUCCCUUUCUGUCGUUUUUUUUUCUUUUCUUUUCUUUUCUUUCUGGUUUUUCUAAUCCUGACAUAAUGAACACAUGUCAUAAUUUUUGA